AUGGCAGCUUGCACUGUCUACUCAACACAAUCUCUAAGAACAAACAUCUCAAUCCCAACAUCAUCAAAAACAAACGUUGGAUUCCAUCAAAAACAAGUUCUUUUCUUCACAACAAACAAGAGCCACAACAACAGAAGAACAAACAGCAACAAAAGAUACUUGAUAACAUGUGGAGCAGGUGACUCACAGACAAUUGUGAUAGGUCUAGCAGCUGAUUCAGGUUGUGGAAAAAGCACUUUCAUGAGAAGACUCACAAGUGUUUUUGGAGGAGCAGCAGAGCCACCAAAAGAUGCUCCUGAGCUUAUUAAACCUCCCAAAAUCUUAGUCAUUGAAGGUCUUCAUCCAAUGUAUGAUUCUAGAGUUAGAGAACUCUUGGACUUCAGUAUUUACUUAGACAUUAGUAAUGAGGUGAAGUUUGCUUGGAAAAUUCAGAGAGACAUGGCAGAACGUGGACACAGUCUUGAAAGUAUCAAGGCUAGCAUUGAAGCUAGAAAGCCUGAUUUUGAAGCUUAUAUUGAUCCACAAAAGCAAUUCGCAGAUGCAGUGAUAGAAGUGUUACCAACCCAACUCAUCCCCGAUGAUAACGAGGGAAAGAUUUUACGAGUAAGGUUGAUACAGAAAGAGGGUGUGAAAUACUUUAGCCCAGUUUACUUGUUCGACGAAGGUUCAACCAUUUCAUGGAUACCAUGUGGAAGAAAACUCACAUGCUCUUACCCCGGAAUCAAAUUUUUCUAUGGACCAGAAACUUACAAAGGAAACGAGGUGUCAGUUGUGGAAAUGGAUGGACAAUUUGACAGACUAGAUGAACUAAUAUAUGUUGAGAGCCAUUUAAGCAACUUAUCAUCCAAAUUCUAUGGAGAAGUUACUCAACAAAUGUUGAAGCAUGCUGAUUUUCCUGGUAGCAACAAUGGAACAGGUCUCUUCCAAACCAUAGUUGGUUUGAAGAUAAGAGAUUUGUUUGAGCAGAUAGUAGCAAGCAGGGCUGAGACUCCCGUAGGAGCUGCUAAAGCUUAG